CGGGAUGAGGGAGGUGGCAGCGGCAGCCGGAGCCGCGCGGAGUCGCCAGCACCAUGGAGACGGGCGGAGGCGGCGGCGGCUUCCUCGUGCCGCUGUUGCUGCUGCUGCCGCUGCUGGUGCCCGGGGCCGCCGCCGAGGAGGUUGUUUUGCUGGAUUCUAAGGAGUCCCAGGCCGAAUUGGGCUGGACGUCGCACCCAUCGAAUGGGUGGGAAGAAAUCAGUGGAGUAGAUGAAAACUACAAGCCGAUUCGUACCUACCAGGUCUGCAACGUCAUGGAGUCGAAUCAAAACAACUGGCUGCAGACAGGCUGGAUUGCCAGGCACAGUGGCCAAAGAAUCUUCAUUGAGCUGAAAUUCACCCUGAGGGACUGUAACAGCAUCCCUGGAGUGGUUGGCACAUGCAAGGAGACCUUCAACCUCUACUAUGUUGAGUCAGAUUCUGAUCUGGGCCACAGCAUCCGUGAGAACAAGCAUACAAAAAUUGACACCAUUGCUGCCGACGAGAGCUUCACCCAGGGGGACUUGGGCGAGCGCAAAAUGAAGCUGAACACAGAGCUGAGGGAGAUUGGGCACCUGAGCAAGAGAGGCUUCCACCUGGGCUUCCAGGACGUGGGUGCUUGCGUGGCUCUGGUUUCCGUGCGGGUUUAUUACAAAAAGUGCCUCUCCACGGUGCAGAACUUGGCAGUGUUUCCAGACACUGUGGCAGAAGCAGCAUUUGCAACCCUGGUGGAAGUUAAGGGCACCUGCGUCAAUCAUUCUGAAGUAGACCUGGAUAGUCCUCCCAGGAUGCACUGCAGUGCGGAGGGGGAGUGGCUAGUCCCCAUUGGGAAAUGUACAUGUAGUGCUGGCUUUGAAGAGAAGGAUGAUGGGUGUGAAGCUUGCCCUACUGGAUUCUAUAAGCUGUCCUCCCGACUCCCUCUCUGCUCUCCCUGCCCCGAACACAGCUUCACACAUCGAGAAGCCUCCACGUUCUGCACGUGCCAGAAGAACUACUCCCGGUCCCCGUCAGACCCGCCAUCUGCCUCCUGCACCCGUCCCCCAUCUGCUCCAAGGAACCUCAUCUACAGCCUGAAGCAGUCCACGCUGGUCCUGGAAUGGAGCGCACCAGCAGACCUGGGCGGCCGGACCGACGUCACCUAUAACCUCCGUUGUGACCGCUGCUCGGCGGCUCUCCGGCGGCAGUGCGAGCAGUGUGGCAGCAGCGUUGGCUUUGUGCCCCAGCAGACGGGAUUGGUGGACAGGACCGUUACCCUGGUGAACUUGCUACCACAUGUUAACUACACUAUCCGUGUGGCAGCUGUCAAUGGGGUCUCUGAUUUCAGUGCCUUGUCAAAGCCGCAGUACGUGGAAGUGAACAUCUCCACCAGCCUCACAGCACCAGCUCUUGUUGCUGACAUCCGCACAGAUAAAAUUGAACAGAAGAGCAUUUCCUUGUCAUGGCAGGAGCCGGGCUUCCCAAGUGCCAGUAACACUGAGUACGAAAUCAAGUACUAUGAAAAGGAUCAAAGAGAUCAAAGUUACUCGACUGUGAAGACCGCGUCGACAGCCGUGACAGUCAGUAACCUCAGGCCUGGCACGCGCUACGUCUUCCAGGUCCGGACGGCGUCAGUCCAGGGUUAUGGAAACUACAGUCCUGGCAUCGAAGUGGAAACCUUGGGGGAACUGACUGUGGCUCCCAGCGAGCAGAACCCUAUCAUCAUCAUCGUGGUGGUUGCAAUCGCUGGGCUGAUUGUGCUGGUUUCCAUGGUUAUUGGUGUGAUGAUCUGGAGGAGACAGUGUGGGUACAGCAAAGCCAGCCAGGACGGAGACGAGGAGCUGUACUUCCAUUUUAAGAUACCAACCAGGAGGACGUACAUUGACCCUGACACCUGUGAAGACCCCACGCAGGCCGUGCACCUCUUUGCCAAGGAGCUCGACAACUCGAGUAUCAAAAUUGAGCGGAUCAUUGGAACAGGAGAGUUUGGAGAAGUCUGCCGGGGAUGCUUGAAACUUCCCAGCAAGAGAGAGCUCCCGGUUGCCAUCCAGACCCUUCGAGCUGGCUGCUCAGACAAGCAGAAACGCACCUUCCUGGCAGAGGCUAGCACCAUAGGCCAGUUUGAUCACUCCAACAUCAUCCGCCUGGAGGGCGUCAUCACCAGAGGAAACACCAUGAUGACUGUGAUGGAAUAUAUGGGGAAUGGAGUGCUGGAUUCGUUUCUCAGGAAACAUGAGGGCCAGUUCACAGCCACCCAGCUGACGGGUAUGUUACAUGGGAUCGCCUCUGGCAUGAAGUACCUGACCGAGAUGGGCUACGUACAUAAAACCCUUGCUGCCCACAAAGUCCUCGUGAAUAGCAACCUGGUUUGCAAAAUAUCAGGCUUCAGACAGUCCCAGGAAGAUAAAAUGGAGACCAUCUUCACCACCAUGAGUGGGAAGAGCCUGGUCCUGUGGUCAGCCCCCGAAGCCAUCCAGUACCAUCGCUUCAGUUCUGCCAGUGACGUGUGGAGCUUUGGCAUCGUGAUGUGGGAGGUGAUGUCUUACGGGGAGAGACCCUACUGGGACAUGUCCAACCAGGACGUGAUAAAGGCCAUCGAGGAUGGGUUCCGGCUGCCUCCCCCGAUGAAUUGCCAGCCCCCGCUUCACCAGCUCAUGCUGGAUUGUUGGCAGAAGGAGCGAAAUGAGAGGCCCAAGUUCUCACACAUCCACAAUAUCCUAAGCAAGAUGCUUCAAAACCCAGAGCCACUGAAAUGUACCACCUCCACUUGCACCAGGCCUCACAAUCCAUCCAUCCCCCUGGCCGAACGCACUUUCUCAGCCUUCCCGUCUUUCAGCUCCGUGGGUGAGUGGCUGGAAGCCAUAGAGAUGGGCAGAUACAAAGAUAACUUCACCGCUGCGGGGUACUGCUACCUGGAAUCUGUGGCAAGGAUGACAGUCCAAGAUGUCCUGAGUCUGGGAAUCACCUCAGUGGAACAUCAGAAAACCAUCCUGAGUGGGAUCCAGACCCUGCGAGCCCAGGUGAUACAGAUGCAUGGUCGAGGCGUGCAGGUGUGAGCCCAGCAGGGACGGACACUUUCAGAGCACUGACUUAAAACUGCCCGGGGACAGUGGUGCAGCAGGGCUGGGAGCUGGCCUUAAACUGGACCAAAUCUCUGAGACUUUACCAGGAGCAGCUGUGUGAGUGGGAGAGUCCAGAGCACAGCGCGCUCUAAUGGCCCAGCUUUGAAAGGUGACUUGGCCCGGCCCAUCCAUUCCUGUCCUUCCAGAGGAGAGUCUGAAUUCCCACUUUUCCCCAGCGGGAGCCAUUCCAUUCCAAGAGUUACCUCAUUAAGUCGCAAAAAGUGUGUGAAAAAUAACUAAUUCAAAUCAAAGUGGCAGGAAAAAGUCCACAAAUUCUGUCAGAAAUGGGACAUAAAAUUAGGGAGUCAGUCUGGAGUUAUUGAGAAGAAUAUGGCAUGUAUCUGUUCUUCUUCGACUGGACUCUGUCCAUUCCCACGCCUGGGAUGUGCCCACAGCCACCGAAAGAACAACUCUGGUAACAGGCUUGUGAAACAAAUUUAAGCAAUUCCUGGUAGUAAAGAUGAGGAACAACAGAGUAACCAGAGCACAAAUUGUGUGCAAAGCAAGAGAUAAGAAAUAUUGCCCCGUGGAGAACUGGACCUGUAAUUUGUGCUACAAAUCAACAGAGCAUGCAGAAAUCAAGAUGCCUUUCAACACACCAUUUCUUGGGGGAAUUGCUGGGGUCAGGAACUCUCCCUGAGGUAGAUAAACUCUCUUCUCUUUGUCACUUCUUCAGUUAAAAAAAAUACACCUGCCCCAAUGUCACCUGGUUAACUUUUAAUGGAAAGAAUUUGUCUUCAGGGUUCAUCUAAUUCCAGCCCACUUGGUCAACCUCCUGUUGUUUCCUACCCAGACAAAUAAUAAUUGUGAACUGAAACCUUCAUUUGGUAGAAAUGCCAGAUCCUAAGGAUCAAGUGCAAUUUGUUUGCUCUUUAUGUUUACAUUUUAUCUAUAGAGAAAGUGUACUGUGCUCCUCCAGCUAAGACAUUGAACCAACUUGAUUCCUGAUCAUUCCCUUGGGUUCCCAGUAUCUGUAACCUCUUGGCUGUGAUCAUUUCUAAGGGUCAGCUGCGCUCUGGGUGGUGUGUAGAGAGGCUGUGGAGACCAUUGCUGGAAUAACUGUGUCCAGCUCUGGGGUCUGCUCUUUAAAUAGGUGUUGAAAAAUUGGAAAGGGCCCAGAGUACAGCUACACAAAUGAAUUAAGGUCUGGAAAACACACCGUACAACAGGAGUCUAAAGGAGCUCAACCUCUUUAGCAUAUUGAAGAAAAUGUUAACAGGUGAUUUGUUCCUGAGCUAUAAGUACCUGCACAGGGAAAAGCUACCUGAGGACUCAAAUCUAGGCGACAAAGGCAUAACAAGCUAUAAUGGCUAGAAAUUGAAGUCAGCAAAGUUCAAAGUGGAAAUCGAUGGCAGAUUUUUAGCAGUGACUCUAAUCAGCCAUAGGAGCAGAUUGCUAAGAGUUGUAAAUUCUUCAUCGCUUGGAGUCUUUAAAUCAAAGCUGGAUCUCAUUCCAAAAGAUGGGGUUGAACUGGAGCAUAAAUGGUUGGGUUAGAUGCAGGAAUCGCUGAGUGAGGUUCUCUGGCCUGUGUUGUGCAGGAGGCCAGACUAGGUGAGCAUAAUGUUCCCUUUGGCCUUAAAAUCUACCAGGCUGGCAGAGGAAGGUCAACACGAGCCCAAGGGCUGGAAGUUGAAACUAAACAAAUUCAGACUGGAACUAAAGUGUGAAUGAGGACCCAUGAGAGUAAUGAACCAUUGGAACAUGGUAUCGAGGGUCUUGGUGGAUUCUCCAGCACUGGCCAUUUUUAAACCAAUUGGAUGUUUGUUUAAAAGAUUCACUGUCAGGAUUAUUUUGGGCAGUUUUCUGGCCUGGGCCAUGCAGGAGGUCAGACUAGGUGAUUACAAUGGUCCCCUCUGGCCUUGGAAUCUAGGUCUCUAUAAUUGGCAGCUCUUGAAGCCAGAUGACUUGUAUUCUGGAACAUGUCCUAUUCCACUGUCUAACCAAGGAGCAGUGUACACAGUGGUACGGCCCCCUGAGCUAGAUGUGUCCUGUGUUUAUAGCCAGUAGGACACUAUGCUGCCAGAUGGCUGGACUGACCGACCGACCGCCUGGCAGACUGCCUAGAGGCUUGGCUGGAAAGUCCAAGGAGUGUUUCAGAAGCAAUGCUGCUGCUUGCGGGAUGCUAAAGUUUCUUGAGUCCUCACAGAACUGAGGCUGAAAUGGGAGGUUCCCUUCCAAGAAGAUUAAGCGUCAUUCCCUGUUGCCUAGGAAUGAUUCAGGUUCCUGUUUUUAGAGAAGCCCUGACACACCUAAAAUGGCACCCGUACUAACCUCAGAUCUACUUUCUCGCCCAUCACUGCAGAGGCUCCAGGAACUCAUUAGCUAAUAGGUAGGUGACAGUAGGCUGAUUAAGGAAGAAUCUAAUUAAUUCAAAGUCAUCACGACUUGGGGAUCUGAACAAUAAACUUCUUUAAUUGGGCUCCCUCAUUAACAGUGCAGCCACUAAACAAGAUGAAUGGAAGCUGUUAUAGACAGGGCCCUACCAAAUUCACUGUCCAUUUUGAUGAAUUUCACGGUCAUAGGAUUUUAAAAAUAAUAAAUGUCAUGAUUUCAGCUAUUUAAAUCUGAAAUGUCGGAGUGUUGUAAUUAUAGGGGUCCUGCCCAAAAAAGGAGUUAUG